AAUUACCCUGUAUAAUAAAAAGAAAUUACCUUUUCCUCUUUGAGUAGAGCAUGCACAAGGAAUCCAAUAAUACCAAGUUAUUACGUGGCUUUUCAAUUAGAUGUUACUUUAACUUGUACGUUUUUAUUUAAGAGUAUAGUUGGAAAAAAAUAGCAAAUUUAUAUCUUGAUUUCUUAAAAUGACACUUAUUAGGAGAUAAUUUUUUUAGCUAUGACGACACUUAUUAUGGGACGGAAGGAAUAAUUAGUAAAGCUUAACUCUAAUUAGCUCUUUCAUCCCUUUCCUUUCUUUCUUUCUUUCUUUCCACGCUGAGACAAACAAAAUUAGCACAAGCUUCAUGGGAGUUUUCUCCAUGUUUUGGUUUAUUUUCUUCAUUCUUGAAAGUAUAGUCUUUCAGGUUUCUCAAUCAGCAACUUUAGUGGUUGAUGGAGUUUCAGAAUGGAGAAACUCAACUGUCCAAAUUGGGGAUGCCAUCAUUUUCCAGCAUAAGUAUCAGUACAAUCUCUACAUUUUCCAGAACCAGAAUGCCUUUACUUUGUGCAAUUUCACUGAAGCUACACUUCUUACCAAAUCCAAAUCCUACACUUGGCACCCAUCAAGGCCUGGUUUCUUUUACUUCUCAUUCAACAAUGGCACUAAUACAUCAUGUUUACAUGGCCGAAAACUAGCCAUUAAGGUAAAAGAACAAUUUUCAUCUCCGGAAAUAUCACCGGUGGCAGCUCCACCAUUGAUAUCCGGCAACGCGUCAUCUUCUCCGGCGUACACAUGGCCGUUACAGCCGAGAGAAACAAUUUCUCCUGCAAAUAGCCCAAUGGUGGGGUAUGAUAUACCAUUUAUAAACAGUAAUCCAGCAGUUCCUUUGCCUACUGGGGAAGUAGAUUCUGCUACUGUUCACCAUUUCCCCACUUCUGGUCACCAUGAUAUACAGGUGCUGAGUUUUGUAACAAUUCAAAGCUUCUGGUGCUGUGCAAUUUUCUUGAUGAUGUUUUAAAUAGGCCAAAUGACAGAAAGUAAGAGAUAUUUGCAAGUCAGUACAUGUAAAGAAGAGAAAUUGCACUACUGAGUAGAGCUAACGUGCGCCAGAACUGUAGCUUUGAAUUUAAAAUAGCUUUAAAGUGGUGCUAAUGAUGAUUAAUACCAUGUUUAAGUACUGUAGUAACAGUAUUUUGUGUUAUAUUAGUACUAUCUUUGACCCUACUUUUGAAUCAUUUCUUUCUGUCUUUUCUCUUUAGUCUUGGCAUGCAGUCAUUUUUGCAUUCUCCUUUUUUAAUUUUAUUCGAAUCUUUUUGCCUUUUUAUUUUCUUUAUUUGUUCCAUUUCUUUCUGGAUGAGAAUUUUAUUGAAUUCCUAUUUAAUACAAAACUUUAGAGGCUAUAUAUUGCAGCUGAUAGAAUCAAUAUAAUUACAGUGGUUCAUUGUAAAUGUGGAAACUUAUUAUUAAUCUUAUUUUUGUGUUUUUUUUUCCCUACAUAGUACUAAAGGGUUAGAGACUGACAUCAUCAUCAUAAUCAUUUAGUUACUGGUUAUGUUGUUGUUGUUGAAGUCCAGAGCCAAAAUGACUUAUUUUUGCAGCCAUUAGCCUAAAAUAGACUGCCUUUUUUUUUAUACCACAAUGGGUAUUUCGUUGGAUAACCAACGAAAUACCCGCACAACGCAUUGUUCAUAGUCGGAAAAUUUAGUUGCAUUUGGCUACACUUGUAGCGAAAUGCAACAUUUUUUUUUUUUUGUAUUUCGUGAAUUAAUAUGAACGAAACUAAUUUUGUUUUUUUUUACAUUUCGUAAUUUAAUGAACGAAAUAGUUUUUUUUUUAUUUCGUGAAUAAAAAAAAGAAAUAGGAAAUUAUA